AUGGCACGGUUCUAUUACCGCGAUAUCGGUGUCCUACUGAUCUUGUCCAUUGCUGCAUUUUCCAUGGAUGUAAAUGACAGUUAUAAUUACAUUCUACUGAUUACGGAUAUUCACAACUAUUAUGGAACGUCCUGCAUCAUGAUCGUGCAUUCCAACCGAUCUAGCGGUAAGUUCACUUAUACUCAAAAAAACCGAUCAUAUUUCCAAAUAAUUAUUGUUUCAGAUUUCAAUGAGACAACGGUUACGCAAAUAUGGUCCCGAUCGUUCUCCCGCGGUGGCAUCAUGACCAUGAUCGUCAGCUUUUCCGACGUUCCCCGUGAAACCAAGAAAUACCAAGGUCGUACCGCGCGUCCGUUGUAUGUCGUCCUUCUCACAGCAAAUGAGACCAUGAGCGAGUUCGGGAAGGUGACCAGACAGAUCGAUAUCUCUUUUCCCGUCUGGUUCGUGAUGUUCCUGCCGUAUCGAGAGAAUCCGAUGAAGGGUUUCUGUCGGAACCCAAUUGGGAACCCGUUCAAUCUGAUCUUCAACACCGAGAUGCUGGUGCUCUGUUACGAUCAGCCGGUUCUGACGGAAUGGUACGCGUUACAGGACAAUCGCACCAGGGUCUCUGAUUUGGCUGUUUGGAAGCGUGGCCAGAGAUUCCGCUCGAAAAUGGAAAACAGCUUGUACACAAGGAGGAACAACUUGUACGGAGAAGUUCUGCGUACAGCGUACGUCGAGGAGUCCACGUUCGUCGCGAUGAAGGAUGGCGUCUUCACGCAGUUUCUUGGCGCAGUGGUCCACGAGCUUAGCAAAUCGCUGAACUUCACGCUGGAAGUGGUGCACGCUAUGACCGCGUACGGCAACUGGAACGAAGAGACACAAAGCUGGACAGGCGUGAUAGGCGAGGUGGUCUCGCAUGUGGUCGACAUCGGGGUCGCUGAAUUCAGCAUAACCAACCAUCGGCUGGACGUGGUGGACUUCACGUUGCCGUUAAUACUGUCGCGGAACAGAGUGUAUUUCAAGAAGCCCGACAGUUCAUCUGUACAGUGGUCCUCCUACUUCAAGGCGUUCAACAGAGACAUUUGGACGGGGAUAGUGUGCAUCAUCCUAACCGCCCCAAUAAUUCUGACUCUUAUGAAGACGAGAUGUCGUAUUGCGAUGCAGAUCAUUCUGGACAAUUACAUAAGCGUUUGGGGGAUUUUCUGCCAGCAGGGCAUGUCAGACUUUCCUGACGAAUCGUCUCUGAGAUUUGCUUUCAUGUCGAUUUUCGCGUUAGCGUUAAUCAUUAUGUCCGCGUACUCCGCCUCGUUGAUCAGCUUCUUAACCGUCUCCACGAUCAGCCUACCGUUCACCACUCUGGAAGAAUUCGCGUACCAUGGAUCUUAUAGGUUAAUCGUUUUCAAAAACAGCGCGGACUACGAUAUGAUAGUUUCGGCCAACGACAGUGUGUCAUCGAGGCUGAAGAGGCUGUUGAAGAACAAGCAGGAUUUACCGUUGACGGCGUCGGAUGGCUUUCAUCAGGUCUGUUCCGGAAAGGUGGGCUUUUACGUAACCGAGGUGAUCAAGGAUGCCAUAGGCCACACGCCUUGCGAAGUCGCGUACAUAGAAGCCAACAAGAUCGACAGUUUAGCGAUCGCUUUGAGAAAGGGCAGCCCUUAUACAGGACUCAUGAAUUACGAAUUGCAACGGUUCAAAGACAACGGGGUGUUGAUGAAACUGAGAAAGACGUUCGCGGAACUGACUACAACGUACGAUAAAGGGUAUCCCGUUGUCACCUUGGGCGGUAUCGCGCCGAUCCUGGCUAUACUGGCGGGCGGUAUAGUCUUCGGAUGCCUGAUAUUAAUCCUCGAGAAGAUGUAUUACAACGUUUGGUACAGCAGACGCGGCGAAAGUUGGCGGUUCGUUCGGAAACUAAAGGAGACGCGAACGAAACACUGGUGGAAGCCGAACGGAAUGGCGGAGAUAAAUUGGAAAUCCCGUGAGAAACGUACAUCGAACGAGCUGGGAUCAGCCGUCGUAACGGUGGCUGAUAAAUUGCACGAACGUUUUGUGCGCUUAUCGGGGAUCAGGGAAUAA